AGGGAGUGGUUAGUGGCGACGUGACGUCACCAACAGUAGAGUGGGUGGAUAGUCGUGACGUCACGUCGACUGUGCCCGAAGGUCGGCGACUGUGCUCCCCUGCCUGCUGCUGCCGCGACCGUGAUGGCACAAGUGCUGCCACCGCUGCUGUUGCUGCUCCUGGUGCUAUGUCGCCUGGGCCCUGCAUACCACCUCGUCCAGGGGCAGCCCAACGACAACGUCGCAGACUACGACGACAACGACUUUGCCGAGUUUGAGGACGCAGAAGACCAUGACGCAUGGCCCGGCGCUGCUCCAGCGGCCUCGGCUCCGAAGGUGACCCCGGGGUCCGCUCGCGACGACGACGAGGGAGCCGAAGCCUCUCGGGACGAGGACGGCGACGAGGAGGACGACGACGACGACGGGAUCGUGCAGGACGAGCCCGACCUGGACGACGUGGACGAAGGGGACGUGUACGACGAGGAGGAGUUCGAGGGGAUGGACGGUCCGGCCACCCCCAAGCGGCAGGGGGAGCAGCCCCUGCACAUCCGCCAGGUCCCCUUGGGCAUGCACACCGGCUGGGACCGCUACCAGCUGGAGAUCCUCAUGGCAGCCGGCCUCACGGCCUACAUCCUCAACUACCUGUUCGGGCGCAACAAGAACAACCAGCUGGCUCAGGCCUGGUUCAACGCCCACCGCAGCCUGCUGGAAACCAACUUUGCCCUCGUCGGUGACAACGGCACGGACAAAGAGCCGACGAGCACCCUGCAGCUGGCCCAGGAGAACGACCACGUGUUCAGCCUGUGGUGCUCGGGACGGGCCUGCUGUGAAGGGAUGCUUGUGCAUCUCAAGCUGCUGAAGCGACAAGACCUCCUGAGCCUGCUCACCCGAAUGAUGAGGCCGGCAUCCGACAGCAUCCACGUGAGCGUGACGAUGAACGCGGAAGACAUGGAGAGCUUGGUGUUCAUGCUCGGCAGCAAGCGCACCGUUGCCAAGUUCCACAAGGAGCUGGAGGACCUGAGCCACUUUUGCCCGGAGAAGCCCAAGUCCGGCUCGCGCUUCGGUUUGCCCGACUCGGUCGCCAUCCUCAGCGAGAGCGGCGAGGUGUCCGACGCCAUCCUGGACGACCGGAUGGUCACCUUGCUGAAGAACAACGCGGAGAAAAUCGAGUCCAUGCACUUCUCUGAUCAAUACUCGGGAACCAAAAUUGUUCAAGAAGAAGGGCAAGCGGUCAAGCCGCCGGACACCCAGAAGACCCUUUUGUUUACAUUUAACGUGCCAGGGAACGGCAGGAGCUCCACCCAGGACAUGGAGGCGAUGCUGCCGCUCAUGAGCAUGGUCAUCUACAGCAUCGACAAGAUGAGGAAGAUCCGGCUCAGCAAGGAGGCGAAGCAGAAGGCGGACCGCAACCGCUCGCACGUGGCCGAGCUCUACCAGAGGCUGGGCCACGCGCAGAGGCAGGAGGCCGCGCAGACGCGGCGCGAGGAGAAGCGCCGUGCGGAGAAGGAGCGCAUCAUGAACGAGGAGGACCCCGACAAGCAGCGCCGCCUCGAGGAGGUGCAGCAGCGCCGGGAGCAGAAGAAGAUGGAGCGGAAGCAAACCAAGAUGAAGCAGCUAAAAGUGAAGGCCAUGUGAUGGAGGUGGCAGAGAGAGGUAGGAAGAGAGAGGGUGGAAGAGAGAG